CCUGCUCUGACCAGAGGAGGAAGGCAAAGUUGGAGAGGGAAGAAGAGUAGACUGGAAGGAUAAGGAGGGAGAUGAUGAAGGGGGUGACACAAUGAGAUGAUUGAGCGGCAACUGAGGAGAGGAGCAGGAGAGUUGUAGAAUCGCAAGAGAAGAGGUGUGCCAUCUGAAGAUGAGGGAUUCACAGUAACGGAGCACACAUCUUGCAUCUUGGGAUUGAAGAUGCACCGGAGCAGGCGGGCUGUCUUCGGUGUCCUGUCCCUGACAGUGCAACAGUGUUGCAUUUCUUUUCCCCACUCUGGUACAAUGCUGGUUCAUUAAGUGGAGGAGACGCACUCGGAUGAAUAAGUCCUCGCAUACAAAUGAAGCGUACAAAUCUGUACGCCUGACGUUCAGGACUCAGCUGAGGUUUUGACGGUUUCCUUCCAUGCCCGUGUCCCUCCCCUCAGCUCAGCCAUGUCUGAAAUCCAGCAGAUCUUAUCCGGACCAACACAUGUACGCUGCUGAUCAGACUCCACAAGCUAUACACCAUCACACCAAAGAGCAUAAACCUUAACUUUAAACAUACAUUGUAUUUCAUGAGCGCUACCCGCGACUUUACAGGUAUGCAUUUGCACGUCCAAGCAAGCAGCACCAGCGCUUCUGAUGCACAGCAGCCAGUUGUUGUGUCAAUCUAUCCGUCCCUUGAGCAGUGGUCAUCAACAUCUUCAAGUCCAACUAGUCAUGAAGUACUGAGUGUAUCGUCUCUGGUCCCUUCUACGAUCCUCACACUCAUGCCUAAUUAUAAACCUCCAGCUAAUGGAAAUGUAUACCCAGAGCUAUCAUCCUUAUAUGAAGUAACAUCAGAGGCUCAACUUCCAGGAACUUUAUCUUCUCCCUCCGGUUCCUCGGAGGCUGAAGAUCAAAAAACCCUGGCUUCAGCACUUCCUUGUAGUGAUAAUUCCCAGGAAGUUCAGCAGAGGAAACCGUCAGAUGGAGGCCCACUGGAGGAGGGAUCAGUAGGCCUCAUGUUACCCAAAGAUCUCCCUGCUGAAGAGCCAGAUUCACAACCUCAAGCCUGUUCAUUUCGCGAGCUGCUACUGAUUGUGAGCCUCUCUACCAUCACCACACUGGUCAUCAUCUCUGCUCUCUUAGUCAAGUUCCUGGUAUUCCCCUCUGAGUUCAGUCAUUCGUCUCCUCUCUGUGGUGUGAUGGGGAACUGCAGUGUCCCAACUCAGCAGCCUUUUCUGUCUAAGAAUCCAGUGAACCAGACACAAAACAUCACUGCAGACUGCCAAGUUCUGGUUGGUGAUGGCCGGCGUAUUGUUGGGGGGACGUUUGCAGCCAAGGACAAGUGGGGCUGGCAGGCUAGCAUGCACUGGAGAGGGAAACACGUCUGUGGAGGUGCCAUCAUCUCCCCUCGCUGGGUCAUCACUGCAGCUCACUGUUUUGUUGAAAACAACAUGCUUGAAGUGGCUGACUGGCUGGUGGUGGUGGACACAGUCAGCAUCGCAGACAGCUCUGUGGGGAAACGUUACAGAGCACUGCAGAUCCUCUACCACCCUCUCUACAACAGAGACAACAACGACUAUGACCUGGGCCUGCUGCGCACCAUCACUGACAUGGACAUGAAGGGUGGGGUGCGACCGGUCUGUUUACCCAGUCCAAGCGAGUCCUUUCUUCCUGGAGCGGCCUGCUGGAUCACAGGCUGGGGAUAUAUUAAUGAAGGAGGCUUUGUGUCAGAUAACCUAAGACAGGCUCAGGUCAAGGUAAUAGCUCAACCGGUCUGCUCCCAGCCAAGUGUCUACGGCAUGUACCUGACUCCUCGAAUGAUUUGUGCUGGCACCAUGGACGGAGGAGUGGACGCCUGCCAGGGAGACAGUGGUGGACCCCUGGUGUGUGAGACAGCCAGAGGGGACUGGAGGCUGGCAGGGGUGGUGAGCUGGGGAGAGGGCUGUGGACGGCGCAAUAAACCAGGCGUCUACAGCCGAUUAGCCCAACUGAUCCCCUGGGUUAUAAGAUAUAUUGAGGACAAACCAAAGGAAUUGGAGGAGACCACGGCAGCCAUGACCGACACCUCACAAGAACCGGAGAUUUAUGACUGAGACAACUGACAAUAAAGAAGCAAAUCACCUGUAUCUGCUUAUUUGUUAUGAAAUACAUUUUUCUAAUUAUAAAAGGCUUGGAUUGGUGCCCUCC